AUGGCCGUCGAAGACGCCAUACCUUCGUCUCCCCCUGGCCCCAGCUCCUCUCUUGAAGAGUCCCUAAAAUACUACAAAGCACAAUACGAGCUGCUAGAAGCCGAACUGGCAGACUUCCAAGCCUCUAGCAAAGAUCUCGAAGCAGAACUCGAGCGAGAUAUCGACGCAUCAGAGAAACGUGAGCGCCAAUUGAAAGAGAGAGCAGCCAAUCUCCAGUACGAGGUCGAGGAAUGGAAGACCAAAUACAAGCAAUCCAAGACUGAAGCCUCCAAUGUCCAGAAUACGCUGCAAAAAGAAAUUAGAGAACUCCGGGAGACAAACCGGGAACUAAAUCUGCGGCUUCGCGAUAUCGAAGUCGCGAAUGAUGACUACGAGCGCAAGCAACGGAACACUGAGUCUUCCCUUGAAGACCUGGAACAGAAAUACAAUCAAACUAUCGAACGGAGCGUAAUGCUCGAGGAAGAACUCCGCUCCGGAGAGCAGGAAAGAGAAUCCCUGCGAAUUGAAGCGCAAAGGCUGCGCGACGAAUUCUCCGAUCUCAAAAUCGAGACCGACAUCACGAAAGAGAAGCUGCGGAAGGCGGUGGACCAACUGGCCCGCCGAGAGAAGCACCUGUCAUUGCAACCCAUUGUCGUGUCUGCUUCUCCUCGCUCGGACCUAUCUCCCACUACUACGAAUGCUUCUUCGCCGACCUUCGACACACCUCCAACAAAGGCAGGCUCUUCAUCAGGCCUGUCAGACACACCAACUCCCCCAUCACCUCCAAUCUCAGAGAAAUCGACUCAAGUUUCCAAGCCUUUUGUAACGCCAGGAAUCCCCAAAACGCGACAGUCUCUGACUGCCAAUGGCCCAACUUCUCGCCCAUCCACUUCAGGAUCAACCGCCCCGAGACCUGCCAGUCAUGCUCGUGGUCCGUCGAUUCCAGCGCUGGCGCGAACGGCACCUUCAUCAUCAUUCCGACAAAGCCUAUCAAGGCCUGGAAAUGCUCAACGGCCUUCAGGACUGCCACAAUCGGCGUCCAUCAUCCAUCUUCGCAACCUCCGCGGCAAAAUUGCGACACUGGAAGAAAGAGUUCAGACUGCCCGUUCAAAGCUUCCAGGUCCUGUGCGCACUCCACCUAGAUCUUCGCCUAGAAGUGGUUCAGCGCUAGGCAAUCACAUCCCUGCGUCUGUCACCGUCCGGAGUCGAAAAAGGACAGGCGGUAGCACAAUUAGCGGGAACGACUCGUUCACGGAGAAGGUGCAAGAGACGCCAUCAGUACCCAGAACGAAAGCAAGUCGAUCAUCAUUGAAUCAGCAGCCCCCGUCUCCGACAAGGACCGAUUUUUCGAUACCCAAACCCAAGACGAGUCGACCAUCAUUAACUCAACAGCCCCCUUCCCCAACAAGAGGCGACAUGGCCGCGCCUCCUCUUCGCCCAGCCUCGCGAACAAGCGGGCUCGCAUCGACGCGGUCCUCUUUCGCACCGUCGCACAGCCGUCCAGGAAGCCGAGCUAGUGUCUCUGGCUUUCCGCGAGCUCCGCUGGGUAGUGGCAUGGGAGCAAAUUUUGCGCCCAACGCAUCCACAGACCGGGUUCGGCCUAAGAGCAGCCUUAGCAAUUACGGAAGUGGGUACGAUGGCACCAUGGACGAAGAGAGCGAGAACAGUCUCAACCACAAUGAGAACGAAUCUGGAAUCACCCCCACCCCGAGGAGAGCCACCUUCGCCCGAGGGCGCAGUAGUGAUGUGGGUUCUGGCAUCCCGAGUCCGACUAAGCGAGCCAGCAUCGGUGGGACAUCAAAACUGCCCAAGCGCCAGAGCAUGGGUUUGAAUGGGAGUCUGGCGGGCGCCGGGUUGAAUAACGUGCAGGAAGGGUACGACGUCAAUGAGACUUUUUGA